GCCCUUGACAUAUAGCAAAGAGAGAAUACAAUCAUACGUAUAUUCUUCUCCAAGAAAAUCAUGGCCAUCUCUUUUCGUUCUUCUGUAAGCCUGCCUUUCCUCCUUGUGGCAAUGGCACUCUGCUUCUUGCCCAUUUCCUUUGCUCGUGAGGGCGUUGCAACUUUCUACCACGAUACCAUGUUCGCGUGCGAAAACCAACAAGCAGGAACCAUGUACGCCGCAGUGGCACCUUCAACGUUCCAAAAUCAAGCAGCCUGUGGGAGGCGCUACUCCGUGACUUGCAUCGGCGGUACCAACGGAGCUCCUCAUCCAUGCAGAGGUGGGAGUGUGGAAGUAACGGUCGUGGAUCUCUGUCCAAGUUGCGAACCUGGGCACUUGGAUCUCUCUAGGGAAGCUUUCUCCACCAUCGCCGAUCCUGACGCUGGAAAAGUCAGGAUCAGCUACUAUCGUAUCUGAUCAGCACGGCGCGUAUAUAUCAAGUAAUAUUACCAAUAAAGACAGCUUGCUGUGCGCUGUUCACCGCUGGUUCCUAACAUCACCGUGGCUGCAGAAUCAGUGCUACUACUUGUACUAGCUACUAGAAUCAGUACUACUUGUAUGUUGUACUCUUGCUAUCUGCUAUCCCAAAUAUAUGGUGUGGAGUAAUAGAUGCAUUCCUCUCUCUCA